UUCUCCUUCCCGUUCUCUUUGCCAAACCAGUGCUUUUCCGCGCCUCUCCUCUCCUUGCCCUUCUUUUUGUUCACCUCUGCUCCGCCAAAAUGUUCUCUCUCCGGACAGCGCAGCCUGCGCAGUCUCUCCUUCGUCGCGCUGCGGUGCCCACCCUUGCCCGCUCCUCUAUCCCCGUUAGAUCCUUUGCUAGCGUUCAGUCGGACAUUUUCAAGCCGACCAAAUAUGGCGGCAAGUACACCGUCACACUCAUUCCAGGCGACGGAAUCGGCGCUGAAGUUGCUGAGUCGGUGAAAACAAUUUUCAAGGCCGACAAUGUCCCCAUUGAGUGGGAGCAAGUGGAUGUUAGUGGUGUGGACACCGGCAAUAAGCACUCGGAGGAACUCUUCAAGGAGUCCAUCGCAUCUCUGCGACGGAACAAGCUGGGUCUCAAGGGUAUCUUGUUCACUCCCGUUGAGCGCUCCGGUCACCAGUCAUUCAACGUUGCUCUUCGUCAGGAGCUCGAUAUCUUCGCGUCGGUUGUCCUCAUUAAGAAUAUUCCCGGCUACAAGACACGCCACGAGAACGUUGAUCUGUGCAUCAUCCGUGAGAAUACCGAGGGUGAAUACUCCGGCCUUGAACACCAGUCCGUGCAAGGUGUUGUGGAGUCACUGAAGAUUAUUACUCGUGCCAAGUCUGAGCGCAUCGCCAAGUUCGCCUUUGGUUUCGCUCUUGCCAAUAACAGGAAAAAGGUCACCUGCAUCCACAAGGCUAACAUCAUGAAACUUGCGGAUGGUCUGUUCCGCAGUACCUUCCACAAGGUUGCUGAGAACUACCCAACUUUGGAGGUCAACGACAUGAUUGUUGAUAACGCCUCCAUGCAGGCUGUCUCGCGCCCCCAGCAGUUUGAUGUGAUGGUCAUGCCUAACCUGUACGGUGGUAUUCUCUCUAACAUUGGUGCUGCCCUCGUUGGUGGUCCUGGUGUGGUUCCUGGUUGCAACAUGGGUCGUGACGUCGCUGUGUUCGAGCCCGGAUGUCGCCACGUCGGCCUUGAUAUCAAGGGCAAAGAUCAAGCGAACCCCAGCGCCAUGAUUCUGUCCGGAUCUAUGCUUCUUCGCCAUAUUGGUCUAGAUGAUCACGCGAACAGGAUCUCGAAGGCGGUGUAUGACGUGAUUGGUGAAGGUAAAACAAGAACUCGUGACAUGGGCGGUCAGGCCACCACCCACGAGUUUACCAGAGCCGUUCUUGACAAGAUGGAGGCUGCUCUGUAAAGAACUUUCUCUUUGAACUUGCUACUAUUAUGAUG